GUGGGUGCAAAACGUAAAGGCCGUUACGGUACUUACGCCACCCUGAAAUCUGAGAGCACUUGGUAUUCUUUAUGAGUUUACGAUUUCAGUUAACCACAAAAAUCUGCAGACCACACCGGCGGCAGCACAAACACGAACCUUAGCUUCCGCUCCCCACACAAACACGAACCUCCAUUACACACACCCAAUCCUUUAAAAGAGACAGAAUUUGCAGUUUACCAUACUGUUUCCAUGGCUCUCCCUGCUUCCCUCAUACUCUGCACCCUCACUUUCUCUUUUCUUCUUUUUUAUAGAGCUGCAUUUGGAGGCACAUUCACAUUCGUGAACAAAUGCGACCACACCGUAUGGCCUGGUAUACUCUCCAACGCCGGCAGCGCUAGACUCGCCACCACCGGAUUCGAGCUCCCCCAAGGUUCCUCCCGCACAUUCACCGCUCCAGCCGGCUGGUCCGGCCGCUUCUGGGGCCGAACCGGCUGCACAUUUUCCCACAGCUCCGGUUCCUGCCAAACCGGAGACUGCGGCUCGGGCCAGGCCGAAUGCAACGGCGCCGGCGCAACUCCGCCCGCCACGCUGGCGGAGUUCACUCUAGGGACCGGUGGCCUAGACUUCUACGACGUCAGCCUCGUCGACGGCUACAAUCUGCCUAUGAUAGUCGAAGCCAGCGGCGGUUCGGGCAUGUGCGCCUCGACCGGUUGCGUGACGGAUCUGAACCGGGUCUGCCCGUCGGAGCUCCGGGUCGGCGACGGAGAUGCAUGUAGGAGCGCGUGUGAGGCGUUUGGUAACCCGGAGUAUUGCUGCAGCGGCGCGUUUAGCUCACCCAACUCGUGCCGGCCGUCGGUUUACUCGCAGAUGUUUAAGGCGGCUUGUCCCAGAUCUUACAGCUACGCCUACGAUGAUCCCACCAGCACCUUUACUUGCUCCGCCGCUGAUUAUACGCUCACGUUUUGCCCCUCUAUGCCUAGUCAGAAAUCUUCAGAAGAUCCAACCCCAACAACCAGUAGCACAUAUGCUGACGGGUCUGUAUCAGGUUCGGAGUCGGACCCUACAGGGGUAAGUGGAUCGGGCUCCGAGUCGGAAUCCGGAUCAGGAUCGGAAGCCAUGGUGACAGAUAAAUCAUGGUUGGCUGGAUUGGCGAUGGGAAGUUCUGCUUCUGCUAGAGUUAACUGCCCGUCGCCCAGAUUCUGGUCCUGGAUGUCUGCUUCUACUAUCCUCAUUGUCUCACUCUUAGUAUCUUAGUCUGAGGGAAAUCUUUUUAUUUUUAUUUUUAUUUUUUCCUCUCAAUUGUGUAUAUCUACUGCUGGUUUCCUUUAUUCCUCUUGAAUUAGUUAAAGUUAAAGUGGUAAAGAUUUGUCUUGUUAGGGGGAAAAAAGUCUGUGCCAUGCAGGAAAUGCUGCUCUCUAAUGUCUGGAAAAAGGAGUUUCCUUUGCCCAAACUACAAGCAUAGCUUUCAAUUUGUAUGCUCCUUUUUCGCCAAA